CUGGUGUAAACUUGCAAGUAGGGUAAAGUAGGGUGACAUGAGGGCAGAGGCCAUACCAUGCAGUAUAAAGACUGAUGUGACCAUAGACAGCACUCAGGACUGAGGAUUUAGGAGACCUGACUUAAUGUUGCUCCAACUGUGGCAGCAAGUUGACAGAAGAACCUAACGACAACUGGAGAUGAAGGAGAUGAUGUGGGUUUUUGCUUUGAUUAUCCUCUCGGCAUGUGAAACAUGGAGUCUGGAAACAGGAGCAAUCACCAACUCUUCAGCAUCUGUUCCCAAAGUUUAUGUUGUCAGAAAUUCAACUUUCAAUGUGGGUAGCGAAGUUAACCUGACAUGCAGCAAAAAACUGUGGAAUGAGACGUUCUAUGUAAUCUGGAAAAUAGAUACAAACAAAAAAUGCAGAAUAUCCCACAGCAAUAGUGGCCGAAAUGAAGACUCCUGCAAUGGUGGCAUGUCUCUCCAAAACACAUCCAGUUCUCAGUCGUACCUGCACAUCCCCAACUUUUCAAAUGAUGACGUGGGGGUCUACAACUGUGAGACAGCUUACCCGGGAGGAGCUGAUGAACAUAUUAUCAACGUGGCUAUCACAGUUCCUCCCAAUAUAUCAGCCUGGUUUGAGUGGAAGGGUAAUAAGAUGGUGGCUGUGUGCAAAGCUGAAAAUGGACAACCUGCUGCUAACAUCAGCUGGAGCCAUACAGGAAAUUCAUUAUUGGAAACCUCGUCUGGCUCAGAUGGAUUAAUUACAGUAGAAAGCACCCUGGAACUCCACGAAAAAAACCUGAGCUGCAUAAUCACACACCCGUACUGGAAAAGUGGGAAAACUUUGAUACUAGAAACCACGAAAGGUCAGCCUGCAGGUCUUCCAUUUAAUCUGUUGUACAUCCUCAUUGCUGUAAUAAUCAUUGCAGUUUUGGCUGGAUUCUUAUUCUUCGCACAAAAGAAACUAACAAUGCCAAAGUCUUGCAGGCAAGCCAACACCUCACCAUCCAAACUUUCGCAGGCAGAGGAUGUGGAGGAAGUGGAGCCGUACGCCAGCUAUGUUCAACGUGUCAACUCUAUCUAUAACUCAUAAAAAUCCUUUACAAGCAUCACAUGCACACACACAUACAGACAGACAGACACACACCUACCCACACACACAUUUAAAUGCACAUAGGUCUCUGUAAGAAACAGAAGGCUGUGAAACUGAGAAAAGGUGAAAUAGUAACCAUGAGAGAAGAGUGAGAUGAAAGAUUUCCGUCAAGACAGGGAGCCUUACAGAUAAAUUCUCUCCUGAUAAACUUGACUGAUGGAACAGGGGAUGUACCUAAUGUCACACACUGGUACGUAUGCACAGUGCAUGCAACCCAGUACUUGGUGUGUGGGCUUCUAUGUAGAACAUUAACUACAAAUGCAAUGAACUGCUGAACGGGAAAGUAUGCCAUCCUCAGCCGUAAGCAGCGACAGCAUGCCAAGACUACAGACCUACAGAGUUUUGAUGUUGCUGAUAAAAUACAUGUACUGCAAUUAUAUAUGAUAACAUAUAUUUAUUGAUAGAAUUAGAGUAUUAUGUCUUAAAGAGCAGGUUCAAUCACAGCAACCAAUAACCCUCUCAAUGUACAUAUGGUCAUGUUGUUUGUCUAAAUAUGUAAUUACAUAUAUUAAAAAUAUAUCUUACCUCAACUGUAAAAAACAUCCCGCACACUCAUGUCAUUCAAGGUGGGUUACACAAAAUGAAUAA